AUUCAAUAUUAUUAAAUCUCACAACACAAAGACGCAAACAAAAUAUCAAAACUCAAAUCUAUGGCAUCAGGUGGAACAGAAGCUUUUCCAGAUUUAGGCAAACACUGCCAACAUCUUGAUUGUCACCAGCUCGAUUUCCUUCCUUUCACAUGUGAUGGCUGCACACAGGUAUUCUGUGUAGAACAUAGAUCCUACAAGGCUCAUGAAUGUCCAAAACACGACCACAACAGCAGAAAAGUGGUUGUUUGCGAAGAAUGUUCCAUGUCCAUGGAGAUCACAAACAACACCGGAGAAAACGAAGAAACAAUCUUAAAAAAGCACCACACUUCAGGGAAGUGUGAUCCUAGCAAGAAGAAGAAACCAACUUGCCCAGUGAAGCGUUGCAAAGAGAUUUUGACGUUUUCUAACACGAGUAUUUGUAAAACUUGCCACAUUAAGGUGUGUCUCAAACACCGUUUUGCAGCCGACCAUGCUUGUGGUAAAAGAGAUUCAUCUUCCUCCUUAACAAAUGCUGCUGGAAAUGCAAGAUGGAAUAAUAAGUUUAUGGCUGCUUUGGCUUCAAGGAAUAAUCAAGAUUGUGCCAAAAAAGCUGGAAAUCGUUCAACUACUUCUCCUUCUGUUAAGGCUUAUUGAAUUCUUAUUGGUUAAUGUGGAAUACAUGUUAUUCUUGUGUGGUUUGAUGUAAUGAUACAUUGCUUUUAAUUGCAAUUUGAAUGUUAAAACAAUAAAACUAGUACAUUACAACAA